AUGGCGUUCAGCCCCUGGCAGAUCCUGUCCCCAGUGCAGUGGGCGAAAUGGACGUGGUCCGCGGUGCGCGGCGGGGUCGCCGGAGAGGACGAGGCCGGAGGGCCCGAGGGCGACCCCGAGGAGGAGGACUCGCAAGCCGAGACCAAAUCCUUGAGUUUCAGCUCGGAUUCUGAAGGUAAUUUUGAGACCCCUGAAGCCGAAACGCCCAUCAGAUCACCUUGCAAGGAAUCCUGUGAUUCACACCUAGGACUGGCAGGCCCUGGGGCCAAAACCCAAGACUCACAAGACGUGGACGAACAGCUGGUAGCAGAAGUGGUUGAAAAAUGGUCGCCUGAGGCUGGUUCUAGACCCUCAGAAAACGAGGCGGCUCAGCACACUACUGAGUCUUACUCAGUCAAGGGUUUCAGAGAAGAACCUGAACACGAUGUGAGCAAAAUCUCUGUCGUGAGGCCGUUUUCCGUAGAAACCAAGAAUUCCACGGCGCCCCGGGGGCCGCCUGGCCCAGCAGCGGCUCAUGGCUGCGUGGCCGCGGCCCUAGGCCAGGCCGGGCCCUGCCCCCGCGCGCCGGGCGCCGCCCAGGACCAAGCAAUGACCGAGGGCACCAUGGGGGCCACGCUGGAGGCCUCGGCGGAAGCCGACCCGGAGGCGGGGAGCCCGUGUCCGGAACCCGGGGCCAGCAGAAGCAGGCUGCGGAAGCCCAGGCCCGUCCCCCCGAGGAAGAAGGCGGCAGGCGGCGGGGUCUCCGAAGCCCACCCCGCCCCGGAGGGCGCGCGUUUUCCCCGGGCGGACCACCAGUCUGGUCCCGACGGAGAGGCUGGGAACGCCGCCACCCCUGCCCUGCUAGGAGGUGACAGGAGCCAGAAGUGUCCCCCCGAGGUGAGGGAGACACCGUGUGCCCCCGCCGGGGACACCCGCGACUCAGGGGCUGAGCUGCCGGAGGCCGUGAGGAGCUCCCCUCUGAAACUGGAGUUUGACUUCACGGAAGACCUGGAGACUGUGGAGUCCAGGAAAGCCCUCCCGAGGAAACCCGGCCGGAAACCGGGCAGCAGGGUGACGCCCAAGGUUCAGAAAGACGGCGCCGGGGAGCCAGCAGGCGCCCCGGGGGCAGGGGCGUCCUCAGAGCCGGGUCCCCGCCCCUGUCCCGGGGAAAGCCCCGACUUCGGGCCCUUAGGGGGCCACUCCCCGCUGCAGCACUCGCCCCUGCUCUCGGCUCAGGGCUCCUACCGCUUUGACCCAGAUCCCUUUGACGAAUCCAUGGAUCCCUUUAAACCCGCUAUGACUUUACCGAGCAGUGACUUUGGUUCUCCCGCCUGUAGUCAUAUUAGUGAAAUCUUAGAAUCACCCAAGAAGGCAAAGUCGCGUUUGAUAACGAGUGGCUGUAAGGUGAAGAAAUACGAAGCCCAGUCUCUUGCUUUGGAUGGGUGUUCUCAGGAUGAAGGAGCAGUGAUCUCCCAGAUUUCAGACAUUUCUAACAGGGAUGGCCAUGCUACCGACGAGGAGAAGCUGGCGUCCACGUCAUCUGGUCAGAAACCCAUUGGGGCCGAGGGGAAAGGUGAGCCAGAGGACGACCUGGAGUACUUUGAAUGUUCCAAUGUUCCCGUGUCUGCCAUAAAUCAUGCGUUUUCAUCCUCAGAAGCAGGCACUGAGAAGGAGACGUGCCAGCAAAUGGAGGAGGAUGGACCCGCCGUGCCCGCACUGCUGGAGUCCCUGGGGGAGAAGGGCCCUGUGUCCGUGGCCUGUGGAGGGGAGAGCCCGCUGGACGGCAUCUGCCUCAGUGAAUCAGACAAGACCGCCGUGCUCACCCUGAUAAGAGAAGAGAUAAUCACUAAAGAGAUGGAAGCAAAUGAAUGGAAGAAAAAAUACGAAGAAACCCGACAAGAAGUCUUGGAGAUGAGGAAAAUUGUGGCUGAGUAUGAGAAGACCAUUGCCCAAAUGAUCGAAGAUGAGCAGAGGACGAGUAUGACCUCUCAGAAGAGCUUCCAGCAGCUGACCAUGGAGAAGGAGCAGGCCCUGGCCGACCUAAACUCGGUGGAAAGGUCCCUCUCCGACCUGUUCAGGAGAUACGAGAACCUGAAAGGCGUCCUGGAAGGGUUCAAGAAGAAUGAAGAAGCCUUGAAAAAGUGUGCUCAGGAUUACUUAGCCAGAGUCAAACAAGAAGAGCAGCGGUACCAGGCCCUGAAGAUCCACGCGGAGGAAAAACUGGACAAAGCCAAUGAGGAGAUUGCUCAGGUUCGAACAAAAGCAAAGGCUGAGAGCGCCGCUCUCCACGCGGGGCUCCGGAAAGAGCAGAUGAAGGUGGAGUCCCUGGAAAGGGCCCUUCAGCAGAAGAACCAAGAAAUUGAAGAACUGACGAAAAUCUGUGACGAGCUGAUUGCAAAGCUGGGAAAGACGGACUGAGUUUCCCCUAUUAGCUCAGCAGAUCUGCAUUUGGCUGCUUCUCUCGUGACCACGAUUAUCUUGCCUUAUCCAGGAAUAAUUGCCCCUUUGCAGAGAAAAAAAAAAACCCACGGAACUUUACAAAAGCACAUACCUACCGCUGCCUGUCCCGCUUUGCUGCCGACGCACCCACCCGGGAAGCGCCACUGGAGGAUUUACUGCGCAGCCGCUGAAGGAGUGGCCUGACCGACCUGUCGGGCUCAGUGAGACGGGCUGCCCAGUCUGGGCGGGAUUCUUUAUCUUUGGUUUGUUUUAAAGUCAUCUUUACUUACCCCAGGUGUGUUCA